GCAACACCAAGGAGGGUGCCACCAUAUAGAGAUGCAGAGGUUGCUUCUGGCUAUAGGGCUGCCUUUAAAAAGAUAUAUCAAGAUGAGGAGACAAGAAAUAUUGUCAUGAGGGAGUUUGGCCAAUUUGUAUCUGCAAAAAAUCAUGAUGUUGUAGCUCUUAAUGCUAGAUAUGGGAUGGAUGCUGAUGAGUGGUGGUAUGUACAUGGUCAAGGCUCCAUUUACUUGCAGCCUCUUGCAAUUAAACUUAACUCCCAAGUUGCAAGUUCUUCUUCAGCUGAGCGGAAUUGGAGUACAUACUCCUUCAUCCACUCAAUCAAACGUAAUCGUUUGGGUGCAAAGAAAGCUGAGGAUUUGGUCUACGUACACUCCAACCUUCGUUUGUUGUCACAUAAGGACCCUGGAUAUGGUGAGGGUGUAACAAGGAAUUGGGAUCUAGCCCCUGAGUAUGCUGAUUUAGAUACUACAGUUGCACAACUUUGCCAAAUCUCUAUAGACGAGGCAGUUAUGGAAUUUGAGAGAGACAUAGCUAGUGGGAGUGGACAUGGUUGUACCCCGAGAAAUCAUCGAGCAUCGAGAACAUUUCUGACCCCGCCACCGUGCUCAGUAAUUGCUCCAUUGAUGGCAAAGGGUAGUGAUCUUUGA